UCUCUUAAGUGAAACCUCUUCUGCGUGGAGACCAAGAUGUCCAGUUCAGCCCGGGACCAUCUCCUUUUUGUGCGACGGCGCAAUCCCCAGCUACGGUAUACUCUGAGCCCGGAGAACCUGCAGAGCUUGGCGUCUCAGGAUACCGUGCCUGAGAAUAUGAACUUGCAGCGUGCCAACAGCGACACGGACCUGGUGACUUCUGAUAGCCGUUCUAGCUUGACCGCAAGCAUGUAUGAAUACACUCUAGGGCAGCCGCAGAACCUGAUCAUUUUCUGGGAUAUUAAAGAAGAAGUGGACCCCACUGACUGGAUAGGACUUUAUCAUAUCGAUGAGAAUUCGCCAGCAAAUUUCUGGGAUUCCAAGAAUCGAGGUGUGACUGGGACGCAGAAAGGGCAAAUUGUGUGGCGAGUUGAACCCGGACCCUAUUUUAUGGAACCUGAAAUAAAGAUCUGUUUUAAGUACUACCAUGGAAUAAGUGGCGCCCUGCGAGCGACGACUCCAUGCAUCACUGUGAAGAACCCUGCUGUGAUGAUGGGGGCUGAAGGGGGGGCGGCAAGUCAACACAGCCGGAAACUAGUUAGCUUCACACUAUCAGAUCUUAGGGCAGUUGGACUUAAAAAGGGGAUGUUCUUCAACCCUGACCCUUACUUGAAGAUGUCCAUUCAGCCUGGGAAGAAAAGCACCUUCCCUACAUUUGCCCACCAUGGUCAGGAAAGACGCUCGACGAUCAUCAGUAACACAACGAAUCCUAUUUGGCACCGAGAGAAAUAUUCUUUCGUAGCACUCCUAACUGAUGUCUUGGAAAUUGAGAUCAAGGAUAAAUUUGCCAAGAGUCGGCCUAUCAUCAAACGAUUCCUUGGGAAGCUCACAAUUCCAGUCCAGAGGCUGUUGGAAAGGCAUGCAAUCGGGGACCAGAUUCUCAGCUAUAACCUCGGCCGAAGGCUUCCAGCUGACCACGUGAGUGGCUAUCUCCAGUUCAAAGUAGAGAUCGCCUCUUCUGUUCAUGAAGAUGCUUCACCGGAAACAGUGGGAACCUUGCUAGGGGUCAACUCUGUCAACGGAGACUUGGGGAGCCCUUCUGACGAGGAGGACGCCCCCACCGGGCCUCACGACGUGCCUCCGGUUUGCUUGAACGGCCCCCUCUUUGAGGAAUCCGCCGGAGAGGGAUCCCCACGGCAUUCCAUGAGGACUAGUACCACUCUGGAAACAGAUCAGGAGGAUCUGACUUCUACGGCUUCAAGGCCAUCGCCUCCCAGAGGUCGCCAGGACUCGCUGAACGACUACCUGGACGCUAUUGAGCAAAACAAUAUUUGUCGGGCCGGAACCUCCACUUGCAACGAGCGUGCCAUCGGGGCGUCCCCCAAAUUAAGGAGUAGCUUCCCUACCGAUACGAGACUUAAUGCCAUGCUUCACAUCGACUCUGACGAAGAGGAGCAUGAAUUCCACCAAGGUUUGGGAUUCCAGUCAUCCCUGGACGAUGAUGGGGGGUUAGUCAUGCUGAACGGCACUAACAGAAAUGCUGAAGGAGGUUUUCUAAAUGGCUCGUCAAGCCAGGUUGAGCAGAGCCCAGGCCCUGAGGAAAAUGGGGGAGCACCGGAUGUAGAAACUUCCUUGGCUCCUUCCGACAGCCAGCAAGAGUCCCUUCCAGGACCUUCAGAGGUGGAGACAGCCAUAGAAGAAACCGAAGCCGUUCACAUUUCUCAAGAUGAUGGGGCAGCCGAUCCGGUUGGCGCUGAAGUUUGUGCGCCUCAGGAGGCCGAACAGCCUGCCACUGGCUCAGACAUGGGAGCUUCUGAGUCUUCUCCCGGGAGCAGAAGUGUCAGGGAAGCCGAAUCUACUGACCAGGGGUCGGAACCUUCUCAGGUUUCGUCUGAAACCGAGCCGAGUGACCCUGCUCGUACAGAAAGCGUUAGUGAAUCGAGCACUCGGCCGGAAGGCGAGAGUGAUGCGGAAGGGGCAGACUGUUCGUGCAACGAAGCCGCCACUCCCCGACUCUCCUCAGUGGAUACGUGGUGCUCUUCCUUUGAAAGCACCCGGUUUUCGGAGACUCCAGCCUUUUCUUCCCAGGAGGAGGAGGAAGGAGCGUGUGGGGUGGACCCUGCCAGCAGUGAACCUGCGAUGGUAACACAGGACAUUGUGUGCACUCAGGCCUUUUUGCCCUCGGUACAGAUACCGACCUCGCAAGAUGAAGGGCAGUCGACCGAACUGGGGGGGCUACAGGAUAUCGAUGAGGCUGAAGAGAUCUGGCAGAGAAGGAGGAGUUUGCAGGCUGCUGCCGCACGUAGCCAAUCGCAGGAGGAGGAGGCUGGAGGGGCGCAGGCAGCUUGCGAGGGGGCAGCUGCAGAGGCUGACGGAGCUAGUGGAGGCUCCCAGAGCAACGGCCAUCAGCCUCUGAGAACGCUUCCCUCAGUUCGUCCAGACGUUAGUCGCUACCAGAGAGUGGACGAGGCCUUGCCCCCAAAUUGGGAAGCACGAAUUGACAGUCACGGGAGGAUAUUCUAUGUGGACCAUGUCAACCGGACCACUACGUGGCAACGGCCGACGGCACCCCCAGCCCCUCAGAUCCUCCAGCGUUCCAACUCAAUACAGCAAAUGGAGCAGUUGAACCGCCGGUAUCAGAGUAUUCGCCGGACAAUGACUAACGACAGGCCGGAGGAGCACCCAAAUGCCAUAGAUGGUGCUGGAGAGGAUCCUGACUUCCAUCACCCUAAUGCAGAUUUCCGAAGGGAGAACGUGCUUCCUCAUUCUUCUUCCCGGUCCCGACUCACUCUUCUGCUCCAAUCUCCCCCUGUGAAAUUCCUGACCAGCCCAGAGUUCUUCACAGUGCUGCAUUCUAACCCUAGUGCCUACCGCAUGUUUACAAACAAUACGUGUCUGAAGCACAUGAUCACCAAAGUCCGACGGGAUACCCACCACUUUGAGCGCUACCAACACAAUCGGGAUUUGGUGGGCUUUCUGAACAUGUUCGCCAACAAGCAGCUGGAGUUGCCGAGGGGCUGGGAAAUGAAACACGACCACCAGGGCAAGGCUUUCUUCGUCGACCACAAUUCCCGCACCACCACGUUCAUCGACCCGCGGCUUCCUCUGCAGAGCAGCAGACCGACCAGUGCGUUGGUCCACCGGCAGCAUUUGACACGACAGCGCAGCCACAGUGCCGGUGAGGUUGGAGAGGACGCUCGUCACUCAGGACCUCCUGUUCUGCCAAGGCCAUCGAGUACGUUCAAUACCGUCAACAGGGCUCAGUACCAGGACAUGGUUCCUGUGGCAUACAAUGAUAAGAUUGUUGCGUUUCUGCGGCAGCCCAAUAUCUUUGAAAUUCUACAGGAGCGACAGCCAGAUCUUACCAGGAAUCAUUCACUCAGGGAGAAGAUCCAGUUUAUACGGACGGAAGGAACCCCGGGGCUGGUGCGCUUAUCCAGCGAUGCAGACCUUGUCAUGUUACUAAGUUUAUUUGAAGAAGAAAUCAUGUCAUAUGUGCCGCCGCAUGCCUUACUCCAUCCCAGUUAUUGCCAAUCACCACGAGGGUCCCCGGUGUCCUCGCCUCAGAACUCUCCAGGUACUCAGCGUGCCAACGCCCGGGCUCCGGCUCCGUAUAAGAGAGAUUUUGAAGCCAAGCUGAGGAAUUUCUACCGGAAGCUGGAAACGAAAGGAUACGGGCAAGGACCAGGGAAAUUAAAGUUAAUUAUCAGGAGAGACCAUUUGCUAGAAGAUGCCUUCAACCAAAUCAUGGGCUACUCAAGAAAGGACCUGCAAAGAAAUAAGCUGUACGUCACCUUUGUCGGAGAGGAAGGGCUGGACUACAGCGGACCAUCACGGGAGUUUUUCUUCCUGGUAUCGAGAGAGCUCUUCAACCCGUAUUAUGGCUUGUUUGAAUACUCUGCCAAUGAUACUUACACUGUACAAAUAAGUCCCAUGUCUGCUUUUGUGGACAAUCACCAUGAAUGGUUCAGGUUUAGCGGUCGAAUCCUCGGUCUCACUCUGAUUCAUCAGUAUUUGUUAGAUGCCUUCUUUACGCGCCCGUUUUAUAAAGCCCUGCUCAGAAUACUCUGUGACCUGAGUGACUUGGAAUACCUUGAUGAGGAGUUCCACCAGAGUUUGCAGUGGAUGAAAGACAACGAUAUACAUGAUAUCCUAGAUCUCACAUUCACUGUAAAUGAAGAAGUCUUUGGACAGAUUACUGAGCGGGAACUGAAGCCGGGCGGUGCCAACAUCCCGGUGACAGAGAAGAACAAGAAGGAGUAUAUCGAGAGAAUGGUGAAAUGGAGGAUUGAAAGAGGGGUUGUGCAGCAGACGGAGAGUCUCGUACGUGGGUUCUAUGAGGUCGUUGAUGCCCGGCUGGUUUCCGUGUUUGAUGCAAGAGAGUUGGAGCUGGUUAUUGCCGGCACUGCAGAAAUUGAUUUAAGCGACUGGCGAAAUAACACCGAGUACAGAGGAGGGUAUCAUGACAAUCACAUUGUCAUCCGAUGGUUUUGGGCUGCUGUAGAAAGAUUCAACAAUGAACAGCGGCUGAGGCUGCUACAGUUUGUUACAGGCACGUCUAGUAUACCUUAUGAAGGUUUUGCGUCUCUGAGGGGGAGCAACGGACCAAGAAGAUUCUGUGUAGAGAAAUGGGGGAAAAUCACUGCUCUGCCCAGGGCUCACACUUGUUUCAAUCGUCUGGAUCUCCCCCCUUACCCAUCAUUCUCCAUGCUGUAUGAGAAGCUGCUGACCGCCGUGGAAGAGACAAGCACAUUUGGACUCGAGUGAAACAAGCACACUUGGACUUGAGUGCCCGGC